CCUUGUGUUCCGUUAUAUUGAACCUGUUCUUAAGUUGUGGAACCAGUCCAGGGAGAAUAUAGGAAUAUGAUGCAAAACUUGGGAGGAAGAGAAAGAGGCAGGAAAAAAAAAACAUGUUUUUUAUUUCCUCUUACAAAAUGCAGGGAAUUUACCUGAGUUAAGUGAUAAGGGAGUGACAAAUAUAGACAGAACAAAGACAAAGAGUGACUGCCAGGAAGGCAAACAGAGUGAAAUACACAGGAACGCAGCAGCUAGCUUAGACAGAAAGGUGCAGAGAGCAAGAGAGGAGAGUCGGACCUGGAUAUAUAAACCGUAUAGAGCGUAAAGGAAUAUAUAAGCACAAUCUCUCAAGAUGGGAAACUGGAUUGCAAAUAACUGGUUCUCAGCCCUGGUAAUGGUUGCCUGGCUGGGACUCAACAUUUUUAUCUUUGUACAUUUCUUCAUGAUCUUUGAGAAGGGGGGAAACUAUGCAUACACAAGGGUACUGCUGGGGUCUGCCCUUGCCUGGGCUCGUGGCUCUGCUGCUUGUCUCAACUUCAACUGUCUGCUGAUCCUGUUACCUGUGUGCAGAAACCUCCUGUCGUUUCUAAGGGGAUCCUGCUCGUGCUGUCGACGUUCAAUGAGGAAACAACUUGAUCAUAAUCUGGCAUUCCACAAACUCCUGGGAUACACAAUUGCACUUAUGACAGCUGUACACACUAUUGCUCACCUGUUUAACUUGGAAUGGUUUCAUGAUGCGGCACAGGAAGGGAAGAACACGCUACCAGGAAUGUUAUCUUCAGUUGGGGAUGAUGAUAAUGACUGGGUGAAUCCUUUCCGUUCUAAGACAGCGACUCCCUCUUCCAUGGCAUUUACCACAAUUGCUGGGGUGACCGGUGUGGUUAUCACGCUAGCAUUGAUUCUCAUGAUUACUUCAUCCACUGAGUUUAUCCGGAGAUCUUACUUUGAGGUUUUCUGGUACACACAUCACCUCUUCAUUUUGUUUUUCGCUGGUCUUUUAAUUCAUGGAGUGGGACGUUUAGUAAGAGGUCAAACAUCAGACAGUAUGGAGAGCAACCAGUAUGAAAAGUGUGCCAAAUCAUUUUCUAAAUGGCAGAGGAUUAGUAGAGAUGGUGAGGAAGAUGAUGACGAAGACCAUGAUGAUGACAAAUGUUACAUGCCCAGUUUUCGGGGUAACCCACCAGCGACCUGGAUGUGGAUUUUAGCUCCAAUAAUCCUGUACAUUUUGGAGAGGAUCAUCAGAUUUUUUCGGUCUCAGCAGACAGUUGUCAUUAGAAAGGCUGUCAGCCAUCCCUCCAAGGUCCUGGAAAUCCAGAUGCAGAAGCGUGGCUUCCGGAUGGAAGUGGGGCAAUACAUUUUUAUUAACUGCCCCUCAAUUUCAGCACUGGAGUGGCAUCCAUUUACAAUGACCUCAGCCCCAGAGGAAGAUUUCUUCUCUGUACACAUUCGAUCUGCUGGAGACUGGACUGAGAAACUGAUUGACUUGUUUCAGCAACAGGCAGACAACCCUCCAAAGUUGUCAGUGGAUGGGCCCUUCGGUACAGCCAGUGAGGAUGUCUUUCAGUAUGAAGUCAGUAUGCUGGUCGGUGCAGGCAUUGGGGUCACACCAUUUGCUUCCAUCUUAAAAUCAUUAUGGUACAAAUUCCAAAAUGAGGAUCAGAGGCUGAAAACUAAGAAGAUUUAUUUCUACUGGAUCUGUCGGGAAACUGGAGCCUUUGCUUGGUUUGCUGACCUCCUACGUUCUUUAGAACAGGAGAUGAUUGGCUCAGGGAAAGAGGGAUUCCUCAAUUACAGACUUUUCUUGACCAACUGGGACAGUACCCUGGCAGGACACGCCACCAUUAACUUUGAUGUAGCCAUUGAUUCAGUAACCGGACUGCGGCAAAAAACAAGCUACGGGAGGCCUAACUGGGAGGUGGAAUUUUCCAAGGUCGCAGACGUUCAUCCCUGGUCUACGGUGGGUGUGUUCCUUUGUGGCCCCGUUGUCCUUGGUAAAACCUUACAGCAGUGCUGCCACCAAUACUCCAGCAUGGACCCACGAAAAGUUCAGUUUUACUUCAAUAAAGAAAAUUUCUGAGUCAACAAUUGAAAAAGGUGACACAGCAAUAGAACAUUGGAAACAACACACAAUGCAUGGGAGAUGAAGACAAGAUGAGAUGCACAUGGACUAGAUACAUUGGCCCAUCACAAUAUAUACAUGCAAUUAUGCUAAAACAUUUCUCUUACAUGAAGGGAAUAUGGUAGGACAUGGGACACAUUGUCCCAAAAUAAUAAUUAAAAAAAAACACUAGAGAACAAAAUGGACACAGGAAGCAGUACUUGUCAACCAGAAGGCUAUUGAGAGGAUGCUGAAAACAUGAAGAUAUGUGACCUUAAAAAUGACAGGACGCUUGGGCAGUAUAUGAAGAAAAGGCAUUUUGCUUUAUGGCUCCCAAACCCCUAGAGAAGGGAUGGUAUUAUUCUUUAUUAACCCAGUAUGGUGUUCUCUUAGAUUUCCCAGCUACUUUGCAUAUUUAUUUACUGAUAUUUGUAUCCACUUAUGAAGGAAUCUAAAUGUAAAUAUUUAGUUGGAUUAUAAAAUAUAGGGACAGGCAGACUAGCCAGGGUCCCUGGGCAAAAAGUAGGGAAGGACCUCCUAAAGCCUCCCUACCCCCCCCCCCCCAUGCCCUACCUUGCAUCCUAUGCUCUUCCCUCACCCCACCGCCUCCCUGCCCCGCAAGAAGUAAGGCAUCCAACCUCUAGGGCCGGACCCCAAACUCCAAGGCCCCCCCAUAUUCCAGAGCAACCCCUGAUCCAGAAACAGGGCUCCCCAUUCUAUGCCCAAGUAUAGGCCCCACACCAGAGAUACCAAGUGAACAAAGACAGGGUCCUCGUUCCUGGUCCUAAAUGCUUGGCCGCUCAGUCCGCCCCCGAUAAGAUAUUUUUUGCAGCGCUGCAACUGCCUCAUCUAUAACAAAAAACUGCCAAAUCCAGAAAGACCACAUUCAACAGAAGAGAAUUGAAAUAACACCUUGUUCCAAAAGGAACACAUGAUUUUACUCAUUUGUGUGGCAGUAUUAUUCUUUGGGAGCAAAGUUAUUCAUCAAGUGGCCUUUCUUAUCAAUGGAACAUUAAAUUAUUAUUUUUUUGUUGUAACUAAAAUAGGUUAUUUUAAAAUGCAUAGUUUUUUUAAUGGGUUUCCUGCGUUGAAUAAAAGUAAUUUGUAUUUUCAUACACAUAAAAGCUUGUCUCUAUCCACCAAAAGAGAUGUUUUUAUGAACAACAGAAAGUGGCAAUAUUUUAUCAUUGGGGAAGUUACAGACUUUGAUUUUUGUUCUUUCUAGGGAAGUUUUUUCUUCACAAAAGCAAGAGGUAUUAAAUAACCCUAUAUCUAUAUGUGAGCUCAGGUCAGUCAAUUAGUCGUUCUGGCACUAAGCUUUUCUCACCCAAAUACCUGGUUUAUCCCAAGCCCUCAAUAAUAAGAUUUAGACAACCCUGGUCAAAUUUAAUAGGAGGAAAACUAGAAAAAUACCUUUAUACUAUUUGAAUCUGCUAAAAUAAAACUUUUUACCUGUACUGGCAUAAAAAUCAUUAUGCGAACACAAUACAAAUUUCAGACUUUAUUGCCUAUUCUGUUACUGCCAAUGCAAAUGAACUAUAUUCCUUUUGUAGCCAGAACAAAUGUUAUGUUUUGAAUGUUCUUUUUAAAUUUUUUGUAUUAAAAAGUAUUAAAAAUAUGUAUAUAUAAUAAAAUUAUUAAUAUUAUAAAACGGC